AUGUCCCAAGAAAUUGAUCUCUCCGUCGCCAUUCGAGCAAGUAAUGCGGAUGCCGUGCCGGGCUUGAUCGAAGAUAUCAAUGCUCUACACCACGGCAUGAAGGAUGGUGACGAGGAAACUCGCCAUCAGCUCGUGGUCAAAACACGGAGCCUGCUACAGUCUCUCCUCACGCCCCGCGAGCAGAUGUUGCAGCACACCUGGGCUGAUCCCGGACUCAAUGCUGCCUUGAUUACCGGCGUCGACGUUGGGCUUUGGAAGCUCAUGGUCAAGAACGGCGUUGACACCCCUCAGAAGGUUAACGAUCUUGCCGGGGCCCUUGGCAUGGACGCUCUGCUUCUCGGUCGCCUGAUGCGCCAUGUUUGCGCCAUGGGCCAUCUUGAAGAGGUGGGACAGGACGAGUAUAAACUCACAAACUUCGCUAAAUCCCUAAGCCUUGAUGUCAUUGGGGACGGUUAUGUUGCUUUGCUUGGCGGAAUUGGUCGUAGCCCGAUCGAGUUCUACAAGUUCCUUCGUGAUACCAAGUGGCAGAAUCCCACUGAUGCUGCCCGCACAGCCAUGCACGCAUCUUACAACACCGACCUGCCAAAUUGCUUCGAAUAUCUUCGCUCUAUUGGCUUAGGCCCUCACACAAACCACCAUAUGGGUGGCUACAGGCAGGGCCGCCUGCCCUGGAUGCACCCCUCGCUUUACCCCGUCGAAAAGACGCUGUUUGCCGGUGCAGAUACCUCGCCUGAUGCGCCACUUGUGGUUGACGUCGCAGGAGGUCUUGGGCACGACAUUGAUGAGUUUAAGAAAUAUUACCCCAACCACCCCGGGAAAUUAAUCCUACAGGAUCUUCCUGUCGUCAUCCAAGAUGUUAAAGGUAUCAGCCCCGAGAUCCAGCUGAUGAGCCAUGAUUUCUUGACGGAGCAACCCAUCAAGGGAGCAAGGGCAUACUUCAUGCACUCUAUUCUCCACGACUGGCCCGAUGAUGUGUGCAAGAAGAUUCUGAGCCGCCUUGCGGAUGCAAUGAAGCCCGGAUACAGCAAGUUGCUGAUCUUCGAAUGCGUGAUCCCUCCCACGGGUGCUUACUGGGAAGCCACUGCUGGAGAUAUCCUCAUGAUGACCCAGCUCUCGGCUCUGGAGCGUACCGAGGACAACUGGCGUCAAUUGAUCGAAGGAAGCGGACUGAACCUCAAGAUUGUCAAAUUUUGGAAGUGCGGACAGUCUGAUGUUGAGAACCUGAUUGAGUGCGAAUUAGCCGAGUGA